CAUUUAGCACCCCGAUGCCAACACAUUAACCUACAAUCGAUCUGAGACCACCCUAUGCAGCUACGCAGUUCCGGUUAAACGUCAAAUUCGGGCUGUUUUUCAGCAGUAGAAUACAGACCGGACUGACGGGUCUGCAACAGAAGAGGAUCCUCCCAGGGAACAGGCUACAAAAAUGUCUUUCAUAUUUGAUUGGCUGUACAGAGGAUUCAGCAGUGUGUUACAGUUAUUAGGACUCUAUAAAAAGUCUGGGAAAUUAGUAUUUCUUGGAUUAGACAAUGCUGGAAAAACAACAUUAUUGCACAUGCUAAAAGAUGAUCGACUUGGGCAACAUGUUCCAACACUUCACCCUACAUCUGAAGAACUGAGUAUUGCUGGGAUGACUUUCACAACAUUCGACCUGGGUGGACAUGCUCAAGCAAGAAGGGUUUGGAGGAAUUAUCUUCCAGCGAUAAAUGGGAUUGUGUAUCUUGUUGACUGUGCUGACCAUGAACGUCUACUAGAAGCCAAAACUGAGUUGGAUGCCCUCUUAACUGAUGAAACCAUCUCCAAUGUGCCAAUCCUUAUUUUGGGGAAUAAAAUCGACCGUCCAGAAGCAAUUAGUGAGGAUGCGCUGAGAGGAAUGUUUGGUCUUCAUGGACAGACCACAGGAAAGGGGAAUGUAUCACUGAAAGAACUGAACCUGAGGCCAAUGGAAGUCUUUAUGUGCAGUGUGUUGAAGAGACAAGGAUAUGGUGAAGGUUUUCGAUGGCUUUCGCAAUAUAUUGAUUAACCUAUUUAAUGUGUUUAUUAAUUAAAAACCUGUGUAUCCUUAUUUAUUAAUUGAU